AUGUCUUUACUGGGAAAGUAUAAGCUUGGAAAUAUAAUUGGAACAGGAGGUUUUGCCUUUGUAAUGAGCGCUGCAAGGAUUAAAGACGGCUUGAAGGUAGCCAUUAAAUUUAUACAAAAGCGAAAAGUAUCAAAAAACGGAUGGGUAAAUAAUGAACGAUUAGGCAAAAUUCCAAAAGAAGCUUUCAUUUUGCAAAAAGUUGAUAGCCCUUUUAUAAUCAAAUUCAUUGAUUUGGUUUCAGAUGAGAAGUACUUUUAUUUAAUCACUGAGCACCAUAGACCCACUAUAUUACUACCAAUGCAAUCUGAAACCUGUCUUUAUCAGCAAAUAGAAACCAAUAUUAACGAAAAAAAACUUACAAGCCAAACAAUAACACUUGCCAAAAGUAUUCCACAAUACCGUAAAGGUAUUUCUUCUGAUUUAUAUGAUUGUCUGGAAACUCAGACAUGUUUACAAGAAAACACUGCUCGAUGGGUUUUUGCACAAAUUGUUGAAGGUGUUUAUGAUCUGAACAAGCAAGGAAUAUAUCAUCGUGAUAUAAAGGAUGAAAAUUGUGUUAUAGAUCAAGAUUUCAAUGUAAAGUUGAUCGAUUUCGGUUCAGCAAUAAUCCUUACGGAAACCGAGAAAAAUUCAUUAUUCAAAAAGUUCUACGGAACGAUUCCUUUUGCUUCUAGUGAGAUUUUAAAAGGGGAACUUUAUCGAAUUCCUGAAGCAGAAGUGUGGAGUUUAGGUGUACUGUUGUAUAUCAUACUGAACGGAACACUUCCAUUCACGAAUACCCAAAUGGCAAUCGAUGGAAUGAUUUCAGAGCCGCGAUUCGUUUAUAGCGAUGAAAUUUCAAAGCUAAUUACUCGUUGUCUUCAAACUUCUACUGAAGAGCGCGCAACUCUAGAGGAGAUUCGACAACAUCCUUGGGUAAAAAGAGCCUGGUUUUAG